CUUGUGGCUAGAAUAUGAACUGGUUGGUGAUCUAGAAGCUGGUUACCUGUAGCUCAUCACAUUUUCCUGGGUAUAGGGAAUGGAGGGUCCCUGGGAAAGACAAGAAGAUUCAGGUACCAGCGUCUGGGCAGUGCUUGAGCUUCAGGAACUGGGUCCAGCCCUCGACGGACCUCUGCCCUGACCCUCCCCAGUGGCCUUCUUUGUGUCAGCUGCUUCGGCUGCUGCAGCAGAUACUUUCAGCGGCAACUCCCUGCAAGGUGGGGCACCCAUCUCAGGCAGGUUUUGUGCACCCCACUGACUACUCCCCAGGGCUGCCACACUGCCUGUGGCUUCAGGAUGAAAGGGGAGACCCCUGUGAACAGCACUAUGAGUAUUGGGCAAGCCCGCAAGAUGGUGGAACAGCUUAAGAUUGAAGCCAGCUUGUGCCGGAUAAAGGUGUCCAAGGCAGCAGCAGACUUGAUGACUUACUGUGAUGCCCACGCCUGCGAGGAUCCCCUCAUCACCCCUGUGCCCACUUCGGAGAACCCCUUCCGGGAGAAGAAGUUCUUCUGUGCCCUCCUCUGAGUCGCCCCGUCCCUCCCCACAAGCUCUUCACCUUUCCUUCUCCUAGGCCCUUCCUUAGGUCAGUAACUGUCGUGAGCCCCUGAGGGUCCCUGCAUCCCAUCCCUAGCCCUUGUCCAACCCUGUGAGGUUAUCUGAAGCACAAAGCUCUCCGUCAUCUAUCUGUCGACCCCAUUUCCUCGCCCACUUCGGCCGACCCCAAGUACCCCCUGACUAGGGGAGCCCCCUUAGCUCCGUCCCCAGAAGGGCCGUCCGACUGCCAGCGUCCUGCCGGCUUCUCUCUGUGACCCGCUCAGACAAUGGAGAGAGGGAUGGGCCGGGUGCUUGCUCUCAGUCUCACCUGGAGCUAUCAGAAGGGUAAAGCCAUUUGAAGAAUAAAGUCAUCCAGAGUCUCAGAGGA